UUAAGGCAAGCGUCUUAAAAUAUGGGCUCAGUAGCUGCUUGACCUUUGUUAGAGACGCAUCUGCAUUAAGCAUCACAUCCAUCCAACGAUUACGAUGGCAUUGCACUAUUCUUUCUCUGGGAAGAAGGUUCUUGUAACGGGAGGGGGAAGGGGUAUCGGAAGAGCCGUCGUCCAAAAGUUGUACGAUGAUGAUGCCAAGAUUUACAUCCUGGAGAAAGAUGCAGAGCUUAUCCAGCAAGUACAGAAAGAACUACCGAAGGCCACCGCUGUUUGUGUUGACGUUUGCGAUUGGAAAGCGACAAGGGAAGCAAUCUUGAAAUUUGGCCCACUUGAUCAUCUCGUCAACAAUGCAGGAGUUUUGGCCCCACAGGAAUUUAUGGAUUUAACUGAACAAGUUGUGGAAUUGCACAUGGCCGUAAAUUUUAAAGCAAUGAUAAAUGUGACGCAAUCCGUGGCGAAAGGGAUGAUUGAAAGUGGAAAUGGGGGCAGCAUUGUAAAUAUGUCCUCUUUGGCUGGACACUUAACCGUCCCUGGCAUUUGUUCCUACUCGUGUACCAAAGCUGCAGUGAUAAUGCUCACAAAAAGUAUGGCGCUGGAGCUUGGGAAGCAUAAAAUCAGGGCUAAUUCCGUGUCCCCCACCGGAGCUGCCACAAUAAUGGCUACUCUUCUCCCCGAAGCUGCUGGAGCGGUCAUCGGUCGCGCUGUGGAUCCGCGCCCAGUUCUUCCAGAAGAAAUUGCAGAUACGAUUUUAUUUUUAUUAAGCCCAAAAGCAGGCAUGAUCACGGGAGAAGACGUGACUAUUGAUUCCGGCGUUCGUACUUGCUAAUCAGUGCAUUAUGUAAUUGUCACUUUCGGAUUAAUAAAUAAAUGCGAAGUAUUUUAACUCGUUUUUAAUCAUUUA